AGCCGCCCCGGCGGCCGCCUGGUUCUCGCGAUAAAGGCUCAUUGUCUCGCGAGAGCGCGUCCGGCUGACGGGCUCUCGGGCGGCCGCGGCCGGCGCAGAGGAGCUGCAUGUGUCGCUCCGGUCGGCGGUAGUGGCGGGAGCGGCGGCGGCGGCGGCGGCGGGGGCUGUGUGACCGCCCGGGUGCGCGCGAUGGCGGCUGACAUCUCGGAAUCCGGCGGGCAGGAGUGCAAAGGCGACCCGAGCCCCGGCCUGGACGGCGAGUACCCGCUCCGCGUCCUUUACUGUGGAGUUUGUUCAUUACCAACAGAGUACUGUGAAUAUAUGCCCGAUGUUGCUAAAUGCAGACAGUGGUUAGAGAAGAACUUCCCAAAUGAGUUUGCAAAACUUACCGUAGAAAAUUCACCCAAACAAGAAGCUGGAAUUAGUGAGGGACAGGGAACGGUAGGGGAAGAAGAAGAGAAAAAAAAACAAAAGAGAGGUGGAAGGGGUCAAAUUAAACAAAAAAAGAAGACUGUACCACAGAAGGUUACAAUAGCCAAAAUUCCCAGGGCAAAGAAGAAAUAUGUAACAAGAGUGUGUGGCCUUGCAACCUUUGAAAUUGAUCUUAAAGAAGCACAAAGAUUUUUUGCUCAGAAAUUCUCCUGUGGUGCCUCAGUAACAGGGGAGGAUGAAAUCAUCAUUCAGGGAGACUUUACAGAUGAUAUAAUUGAUGUCAUUCAGGAAAAAUGGCCAGAGGUGGAUGAUGAUAGCAUUGAAGAUCUUGGAGAAGUGAAGAAGUGAUUUGGAAUAUUUGUCUGUAUUUUGAUCUGAACUGAGAGUUGAUAUGGCCAAAGGGAGAGAGGCCUUUCAAAAUAUAUAUAUUUAUCCUACAGUGAAACUGUAGGCUACCCUCACCGUUGGCAUUUUCACUGUUCUGUACAAGGCUGCUUGUUUUUUUUUAUUGCCAAAGUCUAAUAAACAGGGGAGACUGUCAUGCUUAUGCAUGAAAUAGAAUUUAGUCAAAUAAAAAUUUCUGGUCAUUUGGUACUGACUUUUUCCUCUCUUCUUAACUUUUUAUUUUUGGAAAAACAAAUAGAUGUUUUGUGGAAAGGUUUUCUGUUGAAAACAAUCAUAAUUUCAUCAAACCAUGGCUUUGAAGCUGAGUACUAUUUUGAAGACUUGAAUUUGGCUUCCUCACCAGUAAUCAUUGUCCCCUUGCUGCUUUGGUGUGAGUUCAGAGAUGCUUGAGCAUCUGAGACAUAUGUGGUUGAAUUUGCUUCAUUGAUUGCAACCACAUCCACUCUGUGGAUACAUUUAACGUACUGUUGGAGUUCUUCAGCUCUUCUGGAGAUGAUUUGGUAUAGUAUAUUAAAAGCCUUAAAACCUUCUGCACUGUUUGUUUGACUCAGUAAGCCACUGCAUUGACGUCCAAAAGAAAUCACGGGGAGAAUCCGUUUAAAGGGUGUUCAUCACAGUGCCACUCAUACGGAAACUGCACACGAUAUAAAUGAACAAAUGGGAAUUGAUUGAAGACAUGAUGGAGCAUUACAUGUUAGACUAUUAUGUAUAUAUAUUUAAAAAUAUUUUCCAAGAAUUCUUGGAAACAUGUUUGGUAACGUUUCCCUGGGGGGGCACACACCAACGGCAUUUUAUACAUUAUUGUUUUGAAUGGAAAACCAUUCAGAGAAGCUCAGUUCUUGACUGGCUAUAUAUUAUGUGAGUAGAAUUCUGCUAACCAAUAAAAUAAUACACAUGUAUGCUCAAUAGAUAGUCUGGGAAAGAGUAAUUGGAACAAAAUUUU